AUGGCAUCAUCAUCCUCAGCAAAUAUUUUUUCAUUCCAAACUUAUGCAAAAGAUAAACAAAAUGUAAAUGGAAACUAUGACUACAGCGAUAGCGAUUGCAGUGAAGAUAGUUUCGAUGAGUACUCAUCCCAAGAAAUUAAUCAAUUAGAUAAAUUAGAUAGACCAAAAGUUAGUAAAACUGGAAAUGUUAUUCCAAUUACUACCAAGGACUAUGAAGCAGCCAAAGCAUAUAAACAAGCCAAAAAAUUAAAGCAACUACAACAACAACAACAACAAACAUCUGAAGAAGAUGACCAAGAUAGUACUACUACCACCACAUGUAUAUACGAUUUAAUUACCAAAGGUAAAAAGUUAACAAAAUUAGAAAAGGAAUCCAUAGCCAACGAAGAGACAGCCUCAAGGGAUAAACUUAUUAGCUCAACAAAGGUUGUAAAGAGAAUUAUCUAUGAUGAAAAAUUAAAGGAUAAAAUAGAUGAAUUUGUAAUUACAUAUCAAUGUAAUGGUACCGAUAAAAUCAACUCUUGUCCUCUUAAAAACUUUGAUAGAAUUCCUUGUAGGAAUAAUAUUACAGAAAUUAAAUAUGGUAAAGAUAAUCAAAUAGUUUGGUGUAAAGCCGAUAAAAUUUAUGAUAGUGAUUUUUCUUUUUUAUCAGAAUGA